GUGAAUACUCAGAAGGCCAUUCACUCGCCCGUUCACCGCUUUCGGCUUCGUGCCUAUAGAUAUUUUCCUCAUCCUCAUUUUCUCGCUUUUCUUCCUCACCGAGAUUCGAUUUUGAGAAACGAAAAAUCCCACCCAAAUCUCCUCUUGAUCAUCAACAUCACCACCAUCGCCAGGACCAUCAAUUAUCAAUUAUCAUCAUCAACAACAAAUACUACCAUCACCAUGAAUACUAACACUCAGGUUGAUGUCACUUCGGGCGGAAUCGCCCUCUCCAUCCUCAGCACCCCAUUCACGCCCCUCAUCCCGACCUCGGGCCCGCUGAAGCCCUUCUCCCAUACCUUCCUUGCCACCUUCCCGGCAAUCCUCCCAGCGGCCAAGCCCGAACCGGGCAAGUCUGCUCCUGUGUCCGCCUCGACGGACCCAGCUGUCACCAUCGUCGCCGCCGACUGGUCUUUCGAGACCGAAGUCGAAGGAAAGCCGCCGAGGCUCACACACUCGCGCAGCUCUUCGGUGAGCACCGUCGCACGUAGCGACAUUUUCGACCGGGACGACUCCAGCGAGACCAGCGAGUCGUCCUUCGAGGACCAGGCCCUCGAGCCCUCAUCCUGCGCCGCCGUCCCCGCCGGCGAAGAACAAAAAGAGAAGAAGAAAUGUGCCGCCAUCCCCGCCCUCGAGACGGCGAAUCCCACCCUCGCUGCCCAUGACGACGAUGACGACGACGAGGAGGAAGACGGCCCGGUGCUCUUCGGCUGGGACCAGCUCGCUGCCGUCGCGGCGGACCACUUUUAUUUCGGCAUGGACGGAAGCCUCGGCAUCCACGCGGAGUACGAGAACGACUACAUCCGCAUGGAGGGUCACCGGCUUGCGGCCUGCCGGUGGCAGAGGUUCCGGGCGCCGGUAGACCCCCCGAGGGGAGGCGCGCCUGCGUUGGUGUUGACGACGCCGGAGGGGGAGGAGUUUUAUCUAGAUGACCUGGCGUAUUAUCCCGGGGCGACCAGCUGGGCGGAUAUGGAUGAUGAGGAGGAGUGGUAG